UUGUUGUACGCCCCGAAAACACAGCAUCAGCACCAGCGCGUCAACACCACCAGCCUGCCUGCUUUCUGUGCAUACUUAGGUUACCUGCCUCCGUUCCACCAUGAGGUUUCCAUGACAAAGAAAGCGGCGAGACUAGGCCUCCAUUCCUCCUUCUCUGUCUCAAUUCGCGCAGUUAUGUCUUUGGUUCGCGGCUCCCUCUCGCCAUGCCUGCGGACCGCCUGUGCCUGCUUUUCUCGCUGGUUGUGAUCUCCUGCGGGGAUGGUGUCGUGAGGGCGGCGCCGGAGGGUGGUGUCCUCGGCGGCCUAAUCACGCUGCUGGCCGCCGAGGACAAUGCCAUCGCCACUGUCCCAGACGGAUCCAUCACCGGCCAGACGGCCCUUUCUCAGGUUCAGACUCCGUCUGUCCUAACACCAGAGCCGCCCUUUGCCCUGAGGGUCCUGGUGAAGGAUCAGGUGACCCGGCGGCGCCUGGGCGGGGCCCAGGUGGGGGUGUUUGUCAACCACACCCUGAGUAGCCAGGCCCUGACUGGGGAGAAGGGAGAGGUGCUGCUCAGGGUCCCCUACAGCCUGGGACUCAGCCUCACCAUUGUAGCUAGCAUGGAGGGAUACGUCCUCACCCUGUUGCCCUGGAGGACCACCAAGAGACCUAUAUUCUCCUCAGUGACCUUAUCGCUGCUCCCUCAAAACCAAGGCAACAUCUGGCUGUUUGACGACUCCGUGCUCAUCACUGGGAAGGUACCUGACAUCUCCUACCAGCCCAGCGUUCAGUUCCCCAAGAGUCACCUGAUGCUCUCUGACGGCAGUAACACCUCCACAGUGAUGGCCUACCUGACCGUGCCACAGCGCCACCUAGGCAAGGACUGUGUGAACUGCACCCCAGGCAUCAUUCACAACAAGUCAGUGUUCAGGAGUGUUGAGUUGCGGGCGAUGGCAGCGGUCAGCACUCUGCUGUACUCUGGUGGUCAGGAGGUCCAGGUGAAAGGCCCCAUCCAGAUCUCCCUGCCCCUGGCACACACCACCAACCUGAGGCCCUCGGACACCCUCCCUGCCUGGGACUUCAACACCAAGACAGGUGCUUGGGAGAACCAGGGUCUGGGGAUAGUGAAGAUGGUUGGAGAUCAUCUGGUCUGGACCUACAUUGCUUCUCACCUGGGUUACUGGAUCGCUGCACCCCUACCCUCCUCUAACGGUUAUAUGGGCCAUGCCAGCUCAAUGGAAUUCCUCUCCUACCACACCUACCUGCUCGUAGGAAUACUGGGUGGGACUCUGGUUAUAGUCUUGGGGUUUCUGGCUGUGCUGCUGUGUCAAUGUGGAGGUUCAGGUUCCUCUCGUGGGCCGAGGAGGAGAGCACGGUUCUCGAAGCGGUCCGCUCUGAAGAAGGACCAGACCACCUCCACCCACAUGGAGGAGGGCCAUGCCAUGAUGUCCUUCCACCCCGGAGACAGAGCCCACGGUCUGGCCUCGCGCAGCGUCCAGUGUGACCCCUCCACCCCCAGGCACAACAAAGCCAACUACAACAUCUAUGUGGAGGACCCCGGGCGUGGGUCCGCCCUCCUGUAUGAAAAUGUGGGGAGCGGGACCAAGGGACCCCAGGCAUCACACCACUACAUCAACAGUGAGGAGGUGGCCAGGCUGAGGGAGAGGUCCAGAGAGGAGCAGAACAGAGCCCACCUGGGUGGAGGUUCUCAGCUGCUCCACCUUUACAACCAGCCUGUGGCCAUCCUCCAGGCCCCGGAGCGCUUCAGCUGCCAGGGUGGGGAGCAGCAAGGAUCAGGCUGCAAGUCGGCCACCUUCCCCCGUAACGGAGGAGCCUAUGACACCCACUCCCACUCUGAGCAGGGUGGUCAUGACAGCUACACCCAGACCCUCCCCAAGAACCCCCACCAUGCCCAGGGAGCCAACCCCCAGCAGGGCGGCCAGGACCAGCCCCAGGCCCUGGAGACCACUCCCCAAGGCCCAGCCUCUAAUCCUGGGGCGUGGGGCCGUUACAGCAGCCUCCCGGAGUCCUCCGUUUCCGUCCCCGGUACUCUGAACGAGGCGGCUGGAAUGAGGGCCUUCAGCAGUGGGAUGGGGGGCCCCAGUGAACUCCAGGGGAUAUCAGAGCGUACACUCCUGGAGCUGACCCGAGGCAAGGCCUCGUCGCCUCACCCCAGGGCCUGGUUCGUCUCCCUGGAUGGGAAACCAGCCGCCUCGGUCCGCCACUCCAUCAUAGAGCUCCAGGGACGCCACCCACGGCCCCCCAGCAGCAACGACACCAGUCUGGACUCUGGCGUGGACAUGAAUGAGCCCCAGCAGAGUGUGAGGGAGGCGGAGCGAGAGAGGCCUUCCAUCCGAGGCUCGUUCCCCCACCACAGCAGAGGGCGCUACAGCGAGGAGCAGGACCUGAGCAGCAGUGAGAGCGGCACCACUGCCACCUGCACCCCUGAAGACCCCUACCUGAGGAACAUUCUGGACGGGAGCAGCGGGGCCAUUCCCAAUAUCCCUGAGGAGCGGGACGGAAUGGACACGUCCAGUGCACAGGAGGACAGUGAGUCGAGGGGGACACCGCCCCCACGCAGGCUGAGGAAGGUGAGGGAGAAGGGGAGGGCCGAGAAGAGAAGCGCCAGGCACCAUGUCAGAGAAGAGAGGCCUCUGGUCAAACGGAACUAAGGCACUGCUCACCAGAGAUGGACUGGGAUGGGACUUAUUUCAAUACCAGUCAAUUCUGGAAC